AUGCGUACGGAAAGUGUUGCCUCACGGGAAGAAAGUAAAAAGUGUGAACUACAUGGAGAAAAUGUGAUUAAGUUCUGCGUUGACCAUAAACAACUAUGUUGCGUGAAGUGUGAACAAGAUAAUCACAAGGAUUGUAAAAAUGUAAAGUCAAUUAAAGACUACUGCCAGACAUUAGGAGAAAUGCCAGAAGUUGACGGAGAGAAAACAUUACUGACAGAUUUGAAGCAACUGAUAAACGAUAUGCAGAAGCAAAAAUGUUAUUUGGAAAAGGAUCAACAAAUUGCUUUAGAAAAGAUUUUCGAGGUAAGCAAAAGCAUGAACAUGUUUCUAGCAGCUCUUUCUGAAGAACUAUUUGAGACUAAAGAAGGAGAACAAGAUCAAAUAGAAAUGAAACUGCAAUUAUGUGAACAAUUAUGGGCAUCAAUAAAGGAUUCCUUAGAUUCACCACAAACAUCAGUAGCUGGAGCAGAUAACCUCGGGAAAAUUGUUCGCUAUCAGAGUAGGUGUACUCAAAUAACAUUCGCCGAGGAUGUGGUGACACAAAUUAAGAAAUCUCAAAGAUCGGUUCGAGUCCGAUACGUGACUGACACAAGUCCUGCUAGCCUACCCCAAUGUCUUGGUCGGAUCGAGGCUCAGAAAGAUCUUAUCUAG